CAUUACCCAAAAGCGAGGGGGGGAAAAAAAAAGAAAAAGUAAUUAAAGUCGCCGCGCUGGUGCACGCGGUCCCACCCUCCCCACCGGCCGGCUGCUCUGGCAGACAGGAGGGGACAGAGGGAGACGGCCUGCCGCGGAGACACGCCACCGCCGCGCACUCGCUCGCUCGCCGUGGCAGCACCGACGGCGGCGGCUCCCCCCUUCCCGCGCACCCCCGCGCGCCAUGGCCCCCGCAGCCCCCCGCCUCGUCCUCGGCCUCCUGGUACUGAGUUUGUGCUGUGAAGCUUGCAAGAAAGUAAUUUUUCAUGUUCCUUCUGAACUAGAGGCCGACGCAUUAGUUGGCAGAGUUGAUUUGAAAGAAUGCCUUCAGUCUGCAGAGUUUGUCAGUUCCAGUGAUGGGAACUUCAAAAUUCUGGAGGAUGGUUCUGUGUACACAACAUCUGCUGUUUCCUUGUCUGCUGAGAAAAAGACUUUUACCAUAUUGCUUAAAGACGUUGAAGAACAACUACAAAAAGAAAUACAUGUUAGUUUGGUGGAAGAAGAUAAAAAGACCCAGACACAGAAGACCAGGCAUGCUAGAGAUACAGUCCUCAAGCGAACCAAAAGAAGGUGGGGCCCUAUUCCAUCCGUUAUGAUAGAGAACUCGCUGGGACCUUUUCCACUACAAAUACAGCAGGUCCAGUCAGACACAGCUCAGAACUACACCAUUUAUUAUUCUGCAAGUGGACCGGGAAUUGAUCAAGAUCCAAAGGGUUUGUUUUACAUAGAAAGAGAAACUGGAAAUAUCUUUGCUACUCGUGCAGUAGACCGUGAACAAUAUCCAAGCUUUCAGAUCAUUUGCUUUGCAACCACUCCAGAUGGUUAUUCACCAGAGGUACCACUUGUUCAUACAAUCAGGAUAGAGGAUGAUAAUGAUAAUGCACCAUAUUUUACACAGGACCUUUUUGAGUUUUCUGUCCCUGAAAAUUCCAAACCUGGUGUAGUUGUUGGAAAAUUGACUGCAGAGGACAGAGACGAGCCGUAUACUCUGCAUACUACACUGAAAUACCGCAUCGUGUCACAAAAUCCACCUGUAACCCCAGCAUUUUCUUUACAUGGUGACACAGGUGUCAUUGCUGUUUUACUGCCGCAGCUCGACAGAGAGCUGGUACCCAGUUACACUUUGUUAGUUGAAGUGAGAGAUAUGGCAGGUCAGCCUUUUGGUUUGUGCACUACAGGAACAGCUGUCAUUAGAAUUGAAGAUACAAAUGACAACGCACCAUCCUUUAAACAGACACAAUAUGAAACGCGAGUAGAAGAAAACAGAGUGAAUGUAGAAAUACUGAGAGUCUCUGUUGUUGAUCUUGAUGAACCUGGUUCACCUGGCUCAGGAGCAGUGUAUGAAAUUAUAAGAGGAAAUGAUGAUCGGUCCUUUGAAAUUACAACAGACAAAAACACAAAUGAAGGAAUACUGUGUGUUGUUAAGGGAUUGGACUAUGAAAGCGCCAAGCAAAGGAUCCUUGUGAUUGCAGUCAACAAUGAGGCACCCUACAUGCUGGCACCACAUUCACAACAACUUUCCCAGAGCACCAGCUCCGUUACAGUGCAUGUCCUGGAUGUGGAUGAGGGGCCAGUGUUUAAACCCUGUCACUUACGCCUAGAUGUUAAAGAAUGUGAGGAUAUUGGGACAAAUAUUGGGAGAUACAUAGCAGAAGAUCCAGAAACUGGAAAUAGUGAAGGCAUACGGUACCGGAUACCACCUGGCCAAUGCAAUUGGAUCAGCAUAGAUGAAAAUUCGGGUGAAGUCAGAACCGUUAAAGUCUUGGACCGAGAUGUAGGAGAAAUGAGACGAGGCCAAUGCAAUAUCACAGUCCUUGCAAUAGACAGAAAUGGCAAAACAGGCACUGGAACAAUUCAGGUUUUCAUCAUGCCUGGGAACAAGAAUUACCCACGAAUCACUAAAACUGACUAUAUAAUGUGCAGAGACAGAAAACCGAUCUGCCUUACUGCACAGGAUGGUGAUGAGUCUCCUUACAGCACACCUUUUGUAUAUCGCAUAACAGACCGUAGCUUGGCUUCCAUGUGGAAGAUAACUCGACACAAUGAUAAUUCCGUGUAUCUUUCACCAAAGGGUGAUAUUCCAUUUGGAACAUAUGAUAUUCCUGUAAGUGUGAUUGAUAAUGGAGGAAAGGUAGGAGAGAACCAAGUGAGAGUUAACCUCUGCGACUGCGUCACUCCAACGGAAUGCAAUAUCCAGGGCCGUGGUCUUUCUGGCGGGAGCGUUACCCUUGGCAUAUGGGCUAUCCUUGCAAUGAUUUUAGGAUCGCUGUUACUGCUGUUAAUCCUGAUCACAAUUUGUGGCUGCUGUGGCUCAGGGGUAAUGCACAGGCAUGUGACUGAUGAUUGCGCCAAUCACAAUUUAAUCAUUUCAAAUACAGAAGCUCCAGGAGAAGAAGUGAUGGAUCACAAUAUAAUUCCUCUACAAAAUACAAGUGAUCAAGGAGGAUAUGGAAUAAAAACAGGAGAUCAACAAACAUUUGAAAUGGUAAAAGGAAGAGGACAUACCUUGGAAUCAGUCAAGGGAGGUGGACAUCAGACUCUGGGAUCAGUCAAAGAAGGAGGAGGACAGCCUAUGGUGGAUACGUGUAGAUACUCCUACUCAGAAUGGCAUAAUUUCACACAUCCUCGUUUAGGUGAAAAGGUGCACCUAUGCAGACAGGAUGAAGAACAGAAGCAUUCUGAAGAUUAUCUUCUUUCGUAUAACUAUGAAGGAAAAGGAUCCUUGGCUGGCUCUGUAGGCUGCUGCAGUGAUCAGCAUGAAGAAGAGGCACUUGACUUCUUAGAUCAGCUGGAACCCAAGUUUAGGACAUUAGCAGAAACAUGCAUAAAAAGAUAAAUGUGCCUUUCACAGUGCUGAAAAAACCUGUAAAUAAGUGGCUUUCAUACUUCUGUGAUAUUAAGUAUUUUGGAAAUGAGGGGGGCAGAGUUUUAUCAAGAUUAAUAUAGACUGAUGAGAGUGUAACUCUUACUUUAAACUUACAACUUUUAUCUCUGCUAUACACAUUCCAUCAAAAAUAAGAAUUUUUUUUUCUUUAGACUGUGUUAAUAUAGUAAUGCUAGUUUCUACUUAGAUUAUUUCCUAUUCCUUGUGAUUACUUAAAAUGCAGAAGUUGGUGUUUCCUUUAAUUCAGCUUCAAAAUUUUAAUGUAUUUGGCUUUGGAGAAGGAAAGUUUUUAACUCACUGUUUCUUUGUUUUCUUUUAAAUCUGUAGAAAUAAAUCAAAAAAGAUUACUGAUGGAUAUCAAAUACCUUGUUAAUUUUUAACUUAUAUGAACUGAGAUACAAAAUACUUUUUCAUUUUCACAUAAAAAUACUAUGAAUACAUUAGAAAACUUUAUAUUUUGAUUGAAAAUUAAAUAUAUAUAUUGUAUAUAUGUAAAAUAAUAUUCAAAAAAUAUAUUUUUCUCCUCAUGGGUUACCACCCAUCAAACUUGCUAUCCUAAGGGAUUUAUGGCAUCACCACAUAGGGUAUCAGCAUUGUAUGCAAGUAUAUGUUUUUAUUUUAAGGAAAUAAAAGAUGAAAAAAAAUAACAAUCAGAUAAUAGAGGUGACUGUCGUAGUCCAAAUGAGUGCAAGACAAAUCUCAUGUUUACUUGACAUAAGUUUGUACCUCAGUUUCUUGUGAGUUUUAACAUAGUAUCAUUGCAGAAAUGAUGAACAUUGCCAAGAGUUUUGUCCAGUGUAGCUAUCACUCUUUUUUACUUGCCUCGUUAUGGACUUCAUUAAACUGUUUCUUUCUGUAAGUAGAACUUGACAGAAGGCACAGCUCAAAUGGAUUGUUCGUACACUGCAUUAGUAAAGUGUUUUAAAUACAGCUUUAUUUGAGAUGCAAAAUUACACUGGGAUAAACUAAUUGUUUUGAGUGUAUUAUGUGGUGGUUGCAGAGGUAAGCAUUUACACAGAUCUCUGGCAGAAAUCAUCUGAAUCCUAUUUGUUACUUUACUAGAUUAAGCAUACAUAUAUACACUAUAUAUAUAUAUGUGUGUGUAUAUAUAUAUAUAUGUAUAUCUGAAAGUCUGAAAUACCUUUGGCAGAUGACAGUAGUGAGACCUGGAUGCUGCCAUAACCUAUUUCUGGACUUCAGCGUCUGCUUCCCCUGUUUAUGCUUUUUUUGAUAUUUGCACUAGUGGUUAAGUAAUCUGUCUUCUGGGAAUUUUCUUGUGCCUUAAAAAAGUCUUCCUGCCUAUAAGAAAUAUGUGCAAUUACUUAUUUCUGUUACUAUAAGUCUGCUUUUAGGAUUUGCUCUGUAAACAUAUGCUUUAGGGAGAUUUCUUUUUAAAUUUACUAUACCUAAUGAUCAGUAAAAGGAAUUACUGGUAACAACAGGGUCACUGCUCUAAGUUUCAGUUGCUGCUGGCUUCCACUGGUUGCAGUUCAUCCCACGCAAAUUAUGGUCAGUGAAAAUCUGUAACAGUAUAAAAAUUCAGCAAAGUUAUAGUACUUUUAAACCCUUCUUUUUCACACUGUAAAUGAGCUUCAGAAUAUUUCUUGGUAAGAACUAGCUGUGGUUAAUAACUCUAUAGACCAAUGUUAAAUGUAUUUUAACAUUUGAAAGUGGUGGUGAAUUCAUCCUGAACUAGAUCCACUGCCAGUGGUAAGAGCAACAGUCACCGGUAGCAAAAUACUAGAUGAGAACCAAGGUGUUACGGACAUACUUUAUUUUAAAAAUGCAUGCUAACACUGCUCUUCUGAACACUACUCUUCUUUAUUACUAACAUAAAUGAGUUUUGCUGUACAUGGAUAGGCCUGUAGCUGAUGUAAGUCAGGCUAACUCGGCUGGCACCCAUGGAGCUAUGCUGACUUAAUGCCAGGUGAAGAUCUCUCCCCUAGUGAUUCCCUUGCUGCUUUGUGUCUUGCUGUCUUGCAUCUUUUAGUUACUCACUAUACGCUUUUUAAGGUAAUGUUACUGUCUUCCACCCCCCACCCCCCCAUUUGGUUGUUUGUGGAUUUUUGUGGGGUUUUUUAAAUUAUAUAAAAAUCCUAUAGUUCAGCAGAACCUAGGAUAAAUAACAAAAUGCACUCUUUGAAGAUUACUUGGGGGGUGGUCUAGUGAAACCUCUGGAAAUAACAGUUUCUUUCCUCAUGAAAUAGGAGUACUGUUCUAAAAUAAUAGACUGAAUUUAUUUGAGCUUUAAUUGAGUUGGUGUUGGCUAUUUUAAGUAGAUGGUUGCCAACUUACCACCCUGGAGUUAAAAUGAUGACUUAUUGAAAUCAUAUUUUUCAGUCUAAUUUGCCUUAAAAAUGUUACCGUUUAUUUAUUUUACAUUUCAACAAACAAAUAAUUAGUUACUUGCAUUUUUUAAACAAAGCACAAACUUGGAAUCACUUCUACUUGUUUGUCUCUGUUCUGAACUGAACCAGCAAUUUCUGUAAAACCAAAAGUAGAAAGGUAACUGAGGUGCUUCAAAAAAUGAACUGCAAAACAUUAUUUUCAUUGUCUCUUCUGAUCAUGUGAAUGAAACCUUUGUAUUAAUGAUUAAGGUUUACAAAUAGUAAGUACCAAAUAACAUUUGUGUAAAGCUUACAAAUGAAAUAUUUCAAAAUAUAUAAUUCACUCGUCGUUACCAUCUUGAAUCACCUAAAAAUUGUGAAGAUUUGUUCUCUUCAGCUAGGUAAUUUGUGAACUAGUUGUGUCAACAUUAUCUUAACAUCAUGUUUUAGGUAUAUUUUGUACAACAGUGAGUAAUAAAUUUUUUGCAAAAUAAAAAACUUCGACAAAACCUG